AUGUUGAUCACACUAUCAAUUGUGCAUGUAGUGUGGGAACAAGCAUUCUUAUUUCCAUCUGACAAGUACUCUUCGUUUAUGGAAGAAGAAAGAGCAAUUACACCACCGGAACACUGUUUCCGCCUUCCAUUUGAGUUUAGCGAGGAUGACAGACUUGGACCAUGGGACAUACUGAUAAGUGAAGACGCAUUCAAAUUUAUGUCGCGUUUGAAAUCACCUCUGGCGGUUAAAGCGAUCAUGAAAAAACUCGGAAAAAUAUCUUCUGGUGCUUGGGAUAAACACAAACUAAACAAUAAAGUUCCAUCUUUCGCAAUCCCUGUUUAUGAAACGGAACUCCACGAUCACGACAGCAUAAAAAUCCUUUGGCAAGUUGACUCUGGAUUUUCUGUCCGUAGCUAUCAACUUACGCAAAUCGUGAAAAUUUGGGUUAUCACUUCCAGUCAAGAUCAAAUCGAUGAAACUUUAAAAAUUCUCAGGCUGGCUCAUCAGGUUUACAAAGCUGAGCAAAGUCGUCGGUGUGCCACUCGACUGACUGGUAAAAAUGAUAUAAUUUUACCAGAGCUAUUUGGAGAGGAAAUGACAACAACGUCUACGGAGAACGAAUUUCAUGACUCUCGAAUGGAUGACGAAAGGUUUCUAGAAGUUCACAAAAUGCUUGUUACAAAUAAAUUCAUUCCGUUGUCAAAGAAUUUAUUCAAAUCACUGGUAAUGGGUGGCACUGGUUUUACUUUUCAAGUUUCGAAAUUAGAGCAUGAAAUCAUCAACCAUCCCACUUCAGCUAUCAUAAUUGGUCGAUCAGGCACAGGGAAAACCACAUGCAUUGUGUUUAGACUACUUGCCUCCUAUAUCAAUAAUUCUCGCAAGAGGCAAAUAUUCAUCACUGCGAGCCACCAUCUAUGCCAUCGUGUAAAGGAAUAUUUCCACAAGUUGAAAGAAUCUGCGGUACUUGUUGAGACAAAAAUGUCAUUAGCUCAGUUCCACGAGUUUGUUAGAAAAAAGGAGCAAGAAGGCCACAAUGCAAAUCUGAAAAAUGAUGAAAUGGAGGAAGAAGGAGACGAAGAUAAGGAUCUAAGUGAGAUCCACUCGUUUUAUCAACUAACUGAGGAUCAUUUUCCAUUAUUCAUUACCUAUAAAAAAUUCUCUGAAAUGCUCGAGGGAACAUACGAAAUUGAUGCUCGAAAGUACAUGAAGAUGUUUAUGCAACAAUCAAAAAGAGAGGAUGAUGAUGUUGUUGUUGAUGACAAAGAGGAGAAACUCCGUCGCAAAUUUUCGUUAUUCAACACAACAUGGGCUCACUUUGUGAACCAUGAUGUUUUCGAGAAAAGGUAUUGGAGGCUUUUCGGCGAUAAAAAAAUGGACUGCGAGCUGGUCUAUUCUGAAUUUUCCAUUAUAAAGGGAUUGAAUCCAGAAGGAAAGCAUUUGUCACGGGAAGAAUAUAAGGCUGUAAGCCCUAAAAAAUACCCCGCAUUCUGCCAAAACCGGGAUAAAAUUUACGACAUGUUUUUGCGAUAUGAAAAGUUAAAGAAAAGGAAGUAUACGGGUGAUUAUGACUCGAUGGAUCGAACACUAUAUAUUUUACGUCGUACAACGGAAAAUGAACUUGAAAGUUCACACAUUCAUGAAAUAUAUAUGGAUGAAUGUCAAGACAACCAGAUCGUGGAUUUGGGUCUUAUAUUGAAGAUUUUUAAUCGCAUUGACAGUAUCUUUUUCGCCGGAGAUAUAGCGCAAUGUAUAGCCAAGGGCUCUUCUUUCCGAUUCCAGAAUCUAAGCGCCUUGAUGUAUGAAUGGGAGCGCACUCGAGCUCAGGCUUAUAAUAUCCCUCGUGGUACUAUAAAACCAAAAAAAUUUGAGUUAAAUGUUAAUUACCGUGCCCACAGCGGGAUUCUUCGGCUUGCUUCUUCAGUAAUUGAUCUUAUCUCUGAUUUUUUUCCUGAAUCAAUCGACCGUCUAUCACGUGAGCAUAGCGAUGUUGGCGGUCCACGGCCUGUAAUAGUUAAGGAAUUUAAAGCUGAAACUUAUUUCAAUAUUUUUUCUGUUGGUGAGAAUACUGAGAAUAAUAAUAUCGAAUUCGGAGCUGAACAAGUUAUAAUCGUACGUGAUGAAAAAUCUAAAUCACGUGUUGAAGACCUCAUUGGAGAUGCUGGAAUAGUGUUGACAGUGUAUGAGGCGAAAGGGAUGGAAUUUAAUGACGUUUUAUUAUAUAAUUUCUUUACUAAUUCGCCUGGACGUCAAAAGUGGCAAUUAAUUCUUUCCAAGUCCAAAGAAGUUCAAGAAUUUUCUUAUGAAAAGUAUUAUAUUCUUUCCUCUGAACUUAAGAAUCUCUACGUCGCAAUUACUAGGGCACGGCAACACAUUUGGAUAUUUGAUGAGUUAAGUGAAUACAUCGAACCAAUCUGCAACUACUGGAGAAAUCGUGAUCUAGUAAAAGUGGUCGAAAGUAAGGAUACUUUUUCUACAUUGCUUGAUGAGUUUCCUAUGUUGCUUAAGAAGAGCAAUUCAGCAGAAUGGAAUCAAACGGGAAAGAAAUUUUUUGAAGAACGGUUUUAUAAAGAGGCUAUGACAUGCUUCAAGAAGAGUGGAAAUCAUAAAAAUUUUAAAUUAGCUAAGGCUUAUUAUUUUCAACAAAUAGCAAGGUCUUCCAUAUAUGAUUCCGAUGAAGAUACCAUAAUUUCGAAAUUUUGUAGUGCAGCUGAAGCAUUUCAAGAAUGUUCUCGACCAAUACAGGCCGCUUCAUGCUAUGAGAAUAUAAACAUGUAUGAGAAAGCUGCUGAAGUUUACGUUGAAUGGAAUAUGUUUGAUGAAGCUGCGUAUUGUUUUCUUAAGAUCCCUAACUUUGAAAAAGCGGGAAAGUAUUUCGAAAAGAUUAACAAGUAUACUGAAGCUGUUUACACUUAUAACGAUGGUCAAUGUUAUGAAAAGUUCGUUAAUUUAAUGCUAAGAGUGAAUAUUGACAAGAACGAGUUCAAAGAUAUCAUACAUCGUGUUAACAUCCAUUACCGUAAGGUGAAGGACAGAAAUAUGAGUGCGAAAGCUCUUUCCAUUUUUCCAACUCUGGAGGAAAAAAUAGAUUUCCUUCAAAAGCAUGCUCAUGAAGAGUUUUUGGAAUUUUGCGAGAAGAAUGGUCUCUUUUGUGUCGCCGCUAAAGACUUGCGCUCGCGUGGGAGAUUCAAUGAGGCGACUGAUAUGUUCCCUCGUAUGGUUGGCAUGUUUCCUUGCCUGCUUACCAAGGAUGAUGAGAUCAAAGAGUAUUUACGAUGUUGCUUGGAUCUAUGUAGAAUCAAAUUAGUGAGUCCAAAUUUCUUUCAAUUAAAAGAACAUCUUUCCAAGGCAAUCAAUAUUAUUUCAAAAGUCAAAUCGCAAGCGUGGAAGGAAUCUGGAGAAUAUAGAAGCCUAAAAGAAGAGUUCCAGUUAUAUAAAACUUAUUGGGAUUCGGAUCUCGAUGGAAUCCGCAAGUUCCUGCAAUUAUUUAGAAGACGUGAAGACCGCGUCAUGGAGUUUCGUGCGAUAAUCAUACGGUUGUAUAUCUUAAAAUUUGAUAUUCAGACCGAGAACUGGCGGGAACGAUUACAAUGUCUAUUGAGAUUGUGUGAACUGGCCUUUCUCUUUAUAGCACCUCGAGAAAGUGAAAAUAUUACAAAAAUUUACAAAGAUUUUCACUAUAUUUUUCUUGUAAACGAAGUUGCUAAUCAUCCAUAUAAACGAAAAAUCUCUUCUGACAAUCACAUUCUCCAUAUUCUGAAUCUGAAUAAUCAAAAAAAUGUAAGCAACUCGGAUGGUUGGCAUAUAUAUGACGAGAAGGCUUUGAACUCUGCUAUCUCACAAUCUCUUGCUACGUAUAUUUAUAAAAGCAUCUUGGAGGCUGGUCAGAAGGGGAAAGAAAUUCGAGAUAUAAGUUCUGAAAUAUGCUUUGAAUUUUCAUCCUGUUCUAAGAGUGGUUGUCGAAAUCAUCAUGUUAUUCCAACACCUUCAAUUCUGCACAAACGUUUCUCACUCGCUUGCCUUCAGUACACUGUGAUGCAGCAAUUGAAUAUCUUGUAUCAUAACCGUCUUUUAAAAAAGGGACAAAUUGAGAAAGUUCGUGAGUCACAAAUAUGGUGGGCUGAAAUACUUGUGAAAAUUCAUAUCCGUUAUCAAUCUCCUCAAACAAGCUGCUCAGAAGUCACCUAUGCGGUUCUUGCUGAACUCCCUAAGGACACACGUGAUGGUUUAUUAUAUAUCGCUCGCAACAUUUGGCUGCCUCGUGUGUUUUAUGAUCCCAAUGACUUUUCGGUCAUGUUAAAAUGCGUGCUUGUUCUUCACCAAUUGCAAGACAAAUGGGGAAUUUGUGAAUUCGAUUUUGAAAUGUCAAAAAAAAGAAUGCAUAAACCUAGUAUGGAAAUAUCCACUGGCAUUAAUUACUACUCUAGAUACCAGUCUAUACUUAUUGGAAAGCAACUUUCAUUAUUCUUCUCAAAUCUCUAUAAUAACCAAGUGUUAGAUGCGAUCAUGCACAUAAAAAUGGUGAUUCAAUACGUUAUCAACAAUAUUGAACUAAUUAGUAUAAAAACAUCCGAUGCGUUUGGUGAUCUUAUAUCAUUUAUAGAGUUUAAAACAUCUUUGGUUUUUGCGGUUGGUCCCGAAUCUUGUGAUUUUUGCCUCCCCCGAGCUUAUUUGGUUAAUUAUUUUGACGCAUUUACUGCGGUGCCGCUUAUUCAUCGUCAACAUGGUUAUAACAAAGUUGAUUAUUUCGAUGAAAUCACGAACUCUAUUGAUCAAGUUCAGCAGCUCUUCGAUUUGUUGAUCUCUACUGGACAAGUUUAUUUGAAUAUUAUCCUUAGAUUAAUACGACUCUUAGUUCUUAUAUGCUUGAACGAAUCAGAUUUUGCAACUAGAGUAUUUGAUCUUUUUAAAUGCUGGUCCAAAAAAUCAUUUUCUCCCAAGGUCACAAAAUACUUGAACGGAAGUUCUAUAAGUCGUCUUGCGUUCGUUCUUCAUGAUGACCUUAAAGAGACUGAUUGCGACUCCUUGGUAAUCGUCCAUUAUCAUUUAGGAGACUCGUCAAAAUUCUCUAACUUGGAAGAACAUGGUAUUAUAAAGCUUAAUUAUACCUCUGUUGAACGAUUUCAUUCUGCUCUUCGACAAAUCACAGCACCAAUAGUUAUUGAAGAACGUAAUCCUUCAUCUAAGCAGCAAAAAUCUGCAUUAACGCCAAUCGCGUCUGUUAAGGAGGACAGUCAGAAUAAUGAAAAGUUUGAGUUAUUCAAAGUAGCUCAAGGCUUGGCCUAUUCCCCUCAGGAGAAAGAAGCGGCCACCAAAAUUCAAGCAUGGUUCCGUAGUGCCCGCCAACAACAAAAGUCUCGACCACAUAAAGAUGAUCCAAUCUUAGAAAAGAUUUAUAACGAAAUGGUAGUUUUUUGCAAAAAUGAGCUUUACUGGAAGUUUAUUGUUGAGAGAAAGAAAAAAAUGUAUCAUAUUAUAUUGAGAGGUAUAAUCGUAAAGAACCUUGUGGAUUUGACAAAAGUGCAAGGAAAAAUGGACGCUACAAAGAUCAAAUUGCAAAAGAUAAUCAAUAAUCGCAAUUCGGAUGACCAAAAAAUUGAUGAAUGUUUGGAAUUACUGGAUGACUUAAAGUAUAUCCACUAUGAAAAUAUUAAGAUGGCGCUAGAUUCAUUAUCAAUAGAGAAUACGACAAAACAUCAAGAAGUAGACAUCGAGUGGUUGAAAAACGAAUCGCAAAUGGCGGAGAAUUGCCUAAAUGAGGUUUACCAUUGGAUAGAUAAAUGCAAAGAAUUCAUGAAAAAAUGA